AAACUCACCGGCCAACAGGCCGGGUAAAAAGCUAGUUACUAUAUAUAAACAUCAAGCACGGUUACUGUUGCCUAAAAGUGCCUGUUAAUUCUGGCAAAACCUUGGUUAAUUGGGCUUAAAAUAUGGACUUUGAUGUCCUAAUGGGUUGGGCUAAAAAACCGAGCUUUGCUUAUUCUACAGGUUGGACUUAACCCUCCAACUUAUAAAUACAUAGUAGGAUUAACUAUUAAGAUAUGAAAUUUUGCUCGGCUAUCUUUUAACGGAGAGGAAAUUUUGAUGGAGUAUCUUUUAGUUUUCCUCUUAUUUUUCGUAUUUUUCUUUUUCUAUAUCAAAAUUUAUUUUGUAUUUAUGGCGUCUAUUUAGUUGCGCACUUUGAAUAUUAAAAAUAAUAAAUAAUGUUGCCUCUAAUUAGAGGUGGCAAAUGGAUUGAAUCUAUAGAUGGGUUGAUCCAUAGAUCAUAUGGAUUUUGAUCAAAUGGAUUAGUGGAUUAAUGGAUUUGAUUAUAUCCGACAUCUAAAUAAUAGAACUAUUAUAGAACUUUUAAAAAGUUUAGAUACUAAAAUGUCAUAAUAAAAAAUUUAAGCUAUCAAAAUAUAAUUUUUCAAUGAUGUUUUACGUAAAAAAAUUAAAACUUAGAUAUCAAAAUUUAAAUUUAAAAAAUAUAAUUACCAAAUAUCCAUGAAUCUACCAAUCCAAUUGGAUUUAAAUGGAUUCGUUUCGUUGGAUAUUUAAGUGGAUGAAUUCUAUUGGAUUGAAAAUGUUCACCUCUACCUCUAAUGGUAGAUCGUUACAAUCGAAAUAUAAUUGAAUUCAUGGUUAAUUAAUUUUUUCUUAAUUCCUAUAUAUAUUUUAUCGAGAAAUUCAUAAUUAAUGGAGGAAAAUAGUUCAUCUCAAUCCCGCAGUGGAGCGAGGGCGAGCAUAUCUAGUAUAACGUUAAAUCAUCAAAAAAAGAAUCGAUAGCAUACAAAAAUAACAGUAGCAAAUCUGCAUAGCAGAGCACCUAGAUUGUAGCCAAACUGCAGAAGCACACCAUCGAGGAAAUCUCUUAAUCCAAUUACUUCAUGAAUCAUGACUACCACAUCACAAUCUUAACUGAUCAUUUAAAUUGAAAUCCUACUUGUCCAAUUCCACAUGCUAUUUUCUACAAGGUGUACAUGGAUUCUUUCACAAAGUGUGAAGAUAUUUUGAAUGUUUUCCCAACAUAUUCCACAUCUAGUAUCAAAAGUACCACUGGCCUCAAUGCAGUUCAAAACACGAUUCAAUCUAAAAGUGAAAAAGGGGUAAAAUCGUAAAACGUAUUAUCAAAGCGUAAAAGCGUAAGUUUUUGACGCAUAUGGUAAUUAAAAUAUCUAAAAAAUCUAUUAAAUACGACAUAUACUAUGCAAAAUAUGAGUGCACAUAAUUUAGAUGAGUUAAUAAAUACCUGCACUUCAUUUCUAAAGUAGAGCAACUCAUAGUACCUUAACAAUAAAUUCAUAAAAUAGUUCUUAACAAUAAGCCCCCUUCUCAUCUAUGCUAAUGAAUUUGGAAAAGGUCUAACUAGUGAAUUAGAUUACUCUCUAUUGAAGAGGAGAAUGCAUCCAAGUAUUUGGUAUGCAUAUAUAAAUCUCAAAUGUACCAUAUCGUUGGUGAUUUACCUUUCAAAUAUAUUUUUUAUAAUUAAUUUCAUGAAUAGAAUACCCAUUUAGUGAAAUAGAAGCGUAAAAGAGUAAAGCGUUUUGGUGAACUAGAAGCGUAAAAGCGUAAGCUUUUAACCUUUAAAUGCAAUUUAGGGGUCGUUUGGAAGUUGCGAUUGUUUUGUUGAGAUUGUCAUUAUGCAUGUAUGGUUUACAAUGCAUCGUUUUUUUAUUUUUUUUAGCAGAAACAAUACAUGGAUUGUUUCUGUGAUGUGACAGAAACUAUCAAUCAUUUUGAGUGAUUGUUAUAUCUCAACUUUUAGUUGUGAUUGUUGAGAUAGUUGAGUUGAGAUUGUUUUGUCUCAGCUUUUAGCUGAUGCGACAUACACAAUCACACAUACCAAACGUUGUAUUCUACAAUGCAUCAAAUUCGACAAUACAUGUAUAAUAUUAUACAUGCAUUCUCAACAAUACAUCUACUUAACAAUCGCAACUUCCAAUCGCAACAAUACAUCUAUUUAGUCCGAUUUUAUACACUAACGAUUUUGUAUGGCAACGAAAUCAUUUUUGGUGAGCUAGAAGCGUAAAAGCGUAAGCUUUUAGGUUUUAAAGAGCAAUUUAGUCCGAUUUUAUACACUAACAAUUUUGCAUGGAAACGAAAGCAUUUUGGUGAUCCAGAAGCGUAAUAUCAUAAGUUGUAAAACGCGAUUUUAACUGCAUUGAUUGCCUCACAAAUAAACCCUAAACAAAUGAGAACCAGUGAUUAGGUCAAUUCCCAAAAAUUUAUUCCUUUCCAAAAAGUUAUCCCUAAAGUUGACUAAUGAAACCAACACUCAAAUAAAUCCAGAAAGAGUUCCAUACACAUAAAUAUAGGAUUCAGGGCGCUACGAUUCCAAAAUUUCAACAGUGAAAUGUCAUAUUAAUAAUUGAAAUCCAAAAGUUUGACAAACUUACCCAUCGAUUAUCUAUUACAGCCCAAAUAUCGAUACCUUUUCGUUAUCUGAAGAGCAGCACCCAGCGCUAGCAGAGAUCUUAUCUUCAAUUGAGUUCACAACUGACGAAUCCUUCAAACAAACUGAGAAUCCUCUAUCCCUCCUGCUCUAUCCGCGAGAAACAUGACUAGCGUCACCGCCGUUGUCGAUGUUGGCGCCAUCGACGUUGGCGUCAAUGCUAGGGAUUGAGAGAGAACUCAAACCCUUGUGGUUUAAGAGAAAAUAACCCAUUAGAAAGAAACGCUUAAGGGUUGUCUGGAUUAGGAAAUGUGGGAAGGAUUUUCCCACAAUCCCUAGCCAUAAGGGAUUUGGUCACAAUUCUUUGUUUGGAUAGACAAAUAAAAAUGAGAGAUUAGAGAGAUUAGGGAUUUCGAAAAUCCUGUUAUUAGUAAAUUUAAAAUAACUGAUGGACCUCAGGUUUUUUAAAAUCUUUGCUCAUUUUUCCCUAACCUUCCCAAUAUAUCCUUCCUUAUUUUUUGUUAUUCCUUUCUUGACCUCCUCCUUUAUUGAUUGACGACCCACCAGCCACCACUUCCCAUCUCUCUUUUCCAUCUGCAUCUCUUUCUUUCCUCCCGAUACGAUAACUGCAAGCAAAUAAAAAAACCUAGCAACGUCGGCGAUUGCAGCAGAGAUAAACCUCGCGACGUCGGCGACAACAGCAGAAUUUUACCAGCUCCGAUCUACAGUGACGUCGGCGUUCUACUUGAAGUGCGUCCGAUCUCCAUCUUCGAUCUCACCAGCUUCGCGUGGGAUGUGUGCUUCGCGCGCGCAAGGAUAACAUGGUGGUGAAAUUCAGGGCUCGGCUUCCACGUUCGUCCUCCCUUCAUCCUUUCCCUCCCUAUGCUUGGACCGUUCUGGGUCGGGGGCCCUGUAUUCUGGGUUUAUGUGAAUUAAGAGUUUGGGUUGAGGUGCGAAUGAUCUUCUUCCUCAUUUUGUUUGAAUAUAAGAAACUAGGGUUCUGUGUUGGUGUGAACUGAUGAAUCUUCUUCCUCAUUCUGUUUGAUUAAAGGAAACUAGGGGUCUUGGUUUGGGUACGAUUUGAUUCGUUUUCUUCCACAUUUAAAUUAGUGUGUUUGGCCUGGCUGGGUGUCUUUCCCUCUUUCAAUGCCUUCCUUAUGUCUGCAUCCUUCCAAACUGCAUACUUCUGCUUUUGUUCAAGCUGCAAGAUCCAGCAGACGUUUCCUGUAAUUGUAAAUAAAUUAAUAGACCUGUCAUAAGGAUGGUAGGCAACACAGAAUUUCAAAAACUCACUUCAACUUGUAGAGGCCCAAACUGAUUAAUAAUCUCAAAGAAAAUGCUCUCUGAUUAUUUAACUAGUAUGAAAUUAGUGUGUUUGGGCAGUCUAGUUUGUCUGGGUAGGCUAGUUUGUUUUGGGUACAGAGCUUGCUUCAAUGAUGCCAUCUUUCUUCCACCACCAUGUUUUGGAGUUAUAUAUACAAAGUGAAAUGCAUUCAGUCUGCAGCAGAGAGAGCUCUCUCUCACUCUAACUCUCCAUUUCUGAGCUUAAAAUAAGCAAAACCCUCCUUAAACCCCUACAACCUAAUAGCCCUGCAAAUUCCCAGAAAUGGUGUGUGGUCUUCAGUAGUUGCAUUUCAACGUACUACAUUCUCAAUAAUAAGUAUCACUUGAUGUUGUCUUACUGAGUUGAGUGAAUGGAUGGUUUGUGUACUGAUUUGAGUGAAUGUUAUGAUUUGAUAUGAAUGGGUGGUGUGGUGUACUGGAUGGUUUUUUAAAUUUGGAAUUCAGGAAUUUCUUUAUGUUGAAUUGAUCGUUUGAUGUACUUAUUUAACUCGUUUGAAAUUUUAAUUUCAAAAGGAUGUCACGGCUGUCAAGGAUGUCUUCAAUGGAAAGACGCAAGCUGAUUGCGGCAAUUAGUGCAUUUUGGAAUCUCAUUGUAAUAUAUGUCGAGUUAGGGAUGGAAGUAAUGAAAUUAACAAAGCUAUUGCUUGUAAAUCCUAGACUUGGUAGACAACCCUUAGAUGGUUACGCAAUAAGACACUAUGAUUGACAACGAGUCAUUUACAAAUGUACCAAAAUGAGUGAUACCGAAAGCCAUAGGAAGAUCAGGAUGAACCGUACAUUAUUCACAAAGUUGUGUGACCUUCUAGCUGCUGAAGGUGGUUUGAAAAGAACAAGAAACAUAGAAAUAGAUGAGAUGGUUCUCACGUUCCUCUUAACUAUUUCACAUAGUGACAAAAAUAGGAGUUUCGAAGUAGAUUUGUGUUGUUCCACAGAAACCAUUUAUCGGACCUUUCACCGGGUGUUGCGGUCAAUCCUUAGACUCAACAAGCUUCUAAUGAAGAAGGCUGAACCAAUUCCAGCUGAUUGCAGUAAUAAAAGAUGGAAGUAUUUUAAGGUUUGCCAACUAAAAACUGUUCUUAUAAUCUUUCUUAUGGAGCAGCUUGUCAAAAUGUGUUGUGUAACAUUUUUUUCUUCUUCUUCAUUGAUAUAGAACUGUUUGGGAGCUCUUGAUGGGACCCAUAUAAAUGUUGGACCACUAAAGGAAGAACGAACUAGGUAUCGAGAUAGGUUAGGCCAUCUUACAAUGAAUUGUUUGGGAGUUUGUACUCCCAACUUAGAAUUCAUCUACUGUCUGUCUUGCUGGAUGGGAAGGGUCUGCCUAUGAUUCAAGGGUCUUGAAUGAUGCCUUGAACAGGCCAAAUGGCCUUGUUGUGCCAGAAGGUAAUUGUAUUACAAUCAAUAAAACUAAUUAGUAUAUGCGUCAAACUUGAUUCAAGGGUUUAGGAAAUCUAAUUCAGAAUAUUUUUUUUGGUUUAGGGUGUUAUUAUCUUUGUGAUUCUGGCUAUGCUAAUAGCCCCGGAUUUUUGACCCCCGCUUCGGGGUCCAAGAUACCAUAUUGAUGAAACAAGGGGACAUCUGCCGCAAACAGCCGAAGCAUACUAUAAUUAGAGACAUGCUCAAGCUAGAAACGUAAUAGAAAGAAUCUUUGGAGUGUUAAAAAUUAGAUGGGCAAUCCUUAGGGAGUCAACUUAGUUUUCUGUACCUGUUGUAGCUCGAAUUGUGCUAGCUUGUUGCAUUCUGCACAAUUUUAUAAAGAAAGAACAUGGUGUCGAUAUAUAUGAAAGAACAUUUCGAGACCAAGACAUACAACAACAUGGAUCGAAUGAAGUUGAUAUGGUCGGAAUAUCCAGCACUCAACCAACUGAAGCGUGGAAUCAGUUUAGGACUGAUUUAGUCUCGGAGAUGUGGCAAACUCGACCUGCUAGAUUUCGAGCUUCUUCUUGAGUUUGAUUCGUUGUUGUUUGGUUGUAUGGCUGUUUUCAUUUAAUGUUGAGGACCUGUUCAGUUGUAAUGGUUAAGACAUGUUCAAUUGUAAUUCAGGGUAUUUAUUUUGACAAGUAGGCAGAAUUAAUGUUAAGACCUGUUCAGUUGUUCUUACUGACGUGUCUUUGUUCCAUGUCUUUAUAAUCAAUCAUGUUGUUGCUGCUGAAAUACAUGCUGCUUGUUCUUGUUCUUGCUACUGAAAUAUAUGAUGAAAUACAUGUUGCUUAUUCUUACAACAGUUACAACUAGUCACAAUCAUGUUUAGUCUCGAUCAAAUAAGGAGUGUGAUGUGUCAACUUUAUGUGCUGAAUACUUAUGUUAGGACUAGUUUAGAAAUCGGAAGCUCUCUGUUUCUUUCUUUCCUUCCUUGUAGGCUGCUGCUGGAAGAAUAAUCUACUUACAUUCUAGGAUUGAACUCAACAAACAAUGGUAAUCGGUCACUAUGAUUAGGAGGUCUUCUUGCAUUUUAGGGUACCUGGAUUUAGACCUGCUGGCUGUAGCACCAACACAGUUAGGGUACCUGAAGUGAGAUAGACAAAGUGGUCAAUUACUAGGGGAUCACUAUUUUAUUUCUAUGAGUAGAAUGGGUAAGUUUCUAUAUAAUGUAUAUGACUGUUAGGCAAUUGGGCUCAGGAAUGCAGCUGAUUUCAGCAUGUCCACAAGCAACCCUUCUGAGAAUGAUCCCAAUGCUAUCAAAGUGCCCUGCCAUCAUCAUCAAUACAUAAGAAAAAAAAUAUUCCAGACUUGAUUUUGAGCAGUCUUCUCAUUAGUUCUGCACUCUUUUGUAUUCUUCUGUUUUGUAGCAUGGGAAAGAGAAAACAAUGUGAUGAGGAUAUGGAUGGUGCUUGCUCUAAGACAUAUACGUAAUGGAAAGAGGAACUAGACAAGCCAUUUGUUGACUGUAUUCUGGAGCUAGUACAGAAGGGGCAGAUCAUUGACGGCAACUGCAAGAAUGGGGCUUAUAAGCAGUUAAAGAAGCUGUUGCAGGAAAGAGUGCCGGGAUGUAGGGUCAAGGCAUAUCCUAACAUUGAAGGAAGGUUCAAAAAAAUGAAGAAGAGAUGGCAUGAAAUAACAUUUAUGAGAAAACAAAGUGGUUGGGGAUGGGACGAGGUCAAUAAAUGCAUUGUAUGUCCCGAGGGAUCUUGGGAUGAGUUUGAGAAGGUAAAUUACAGCAUGAUCUUUAUUUUUCUGUCCUAUAAACUUCUCCUUUUCUAAUAUAAGCUGCCAUUUUCUUUCUAUGUAUAUUGUUGUCUUGCAGAAGCACACAAGCUGCAGAGGGUUGAACAAGAAAAGAUUUCUCGUCUACGAUGACUUAGCACCGAUUUUUUGCAAAGCGCGUGCAAGUGGUGAGCAUGGGGUCGACACCAAUGUUGUUGACGCUAUCGAUUUAGAGGAUGACGAAACUGCACCUGUCUGAAAUGAAGAAAUGGAUGAUGUGUUGAUGGAGGAAAUACAAGCAGAAAUGGCAGCACAGAAUAAUCAAUCUGCCAGUGUUACUGCUUCAACCAAUGGUGCUCUAAUUAAGAAGAGAAAGAAAAGUAAGACAAUCGAUGAGCACCUCGCCAACUCUACUGAGGAAAUGAGAGAACUUCAACCACUAAUUAAGUAAUCAGUUGACACUAUUGUAAGAGCACUCGGGGAGAGCGAUGAUCUCAUUAGCAAGAGAUUGAAUCUGCUGAGGAAGCUGGAAGAACUUGGAGGCCUCACAACAACUGAUGUCAUCACUGCAUUGCGGAAGCUCUCUAACAAUGAUAGGGACCUGGUGACAUUCUAUUCGUUGGAGACGGAUGAAUAUAAGAUGGCUUUUGUUAGAGGAUUGCUUGGAUAAAGGCGAAUGAUGGAAUUUUUCUAUAUUAAUGUGCUUAUGAAUCAAACUUUGAAGGUUGGUCUUCAUGGUUGUAAUCCCAGCUUGUGUGUUGAGCUUUUUUGGGAUAUACAGUAUGUUUCAUGUUUUGUUGAAAGAUGGCGUUUGGUAGGGAAGUCAAAGUGCAUUUGCAAGACUUGUUAUUGUGGGUUUGAUUACUUUGUUGAUGUUGUGGAAAAUUCUAUAUGCAGCAGCCAAACAAUAUGCAAAUGUCAUUGUGGAAUCCAGAAUUUUCAUUCUUCAAAUUGUGUAUAUGAUUCCUGUGUACAUAAUCGUUAUUGGUUAUGUUGUCUUGUUUCUGGAGACAGGUAUGGUUCUACUAAGAACAAAGCAGCAAGAUGCUUAACAUACAGAAACCAUCUAACCUGCAUCAUAGACUCUUAACAUACAGAAGCUUGACAUACAACAAGAAACAAGAAGCAAUCAAGUCCUUCUUUUCGAUUUCGACCCCUCCAUGUUGGGUCUAUGUUGGGUCUAUUCUAGGAGCCAGGAGUGCAGAGUUUAGGAAACUUUUCAGCCUUUGUAACUUAUUGAGGAAUCAGAACAAUGAUGAUUAGAAGCUGUAAGAAGAUGCUACAUCACUCCUCCUACAUUUCCUCUCGACGGACUAUGACGAUUACAACAAGCUUUUCUACAGAGGCAAGACUCAGUAACUCCUGAAGAAUGUGGUCCUGUGAUCAGAACAAUACUUUCUCCCUUACUUCUUCUUAUUGCCCUGUUUUAGGAUGGAACUAGACAAAUUGUUCCCUGAUGACAAAACCCACGACUCAAUUUGGGGAGGUCUUCAACAGCCAAGAACGGAGAGGAGGGAAUAGAGAAGCUCUCAGCAACUACACUCCCCCUUCUCCUCCACGAUCUUCGCUGGGAUCCUCAUUUCCGCCUCCUCCGAGAUUCAAGAAACCCGCUGCUUCUGCGCAACCCAAUAAUCAUCCACUCUGGUCACACUCGGAGCCUGCUCCAAAUCUUCCCGGACAUCGUUGGCCCCGGUGAUGGCGAUGGCGAAUGGGACUGUGAGUCUGAUCCCCGGCGGGACCGUCUCCGGCAACAUCCUCUAUCGCCGCGUUCGAGUACAUCCAUUCCCUGGUCGCAUCCAUCACUGAAGAGAGGGAUUAAAAGUGUCUGCAAAGAAGAGAGUGAACAGGGCAAAAUAGUAAUUUUAGGUUUGUCAUUAAAAUCGAAAUUGCUCAUUAAAAAAUUUUGGAUCCUUCAUCAAACAAGUGAUUUGAUUCAAUUUCCUUGUUUAAAUUACCUGGAUUUUUAAGUGCUGAAUUUGGAUACAAAUUCCACAUAAAUCCCUCAAAUCAAAAUGCUUAAUCCAAACGACCGCUAAAGGAUACCCAAUUUUACUUGAGGAAAUUUCCGAAAAGUAAAGCCCGCCAAGUUUAGCCGCUCUUUUCUUAUCAAUUUUUGGCUUUCAUAUUUUCCCACCAAUACCGAGGGGCUAGUUUGGCCGUUACUUGUUGGAAGUAAAUAACGAGGGGAUUAGAGGGAAUUAACGAAGACAUAAUAGGGUUAAUUGCAUCAAGUGCCACAUAACUCUUGCAAUUGUUGCACGUUAACCACUUAACGUAUUCUCGUUGCAACUAAAACCUGUAAGUCGUAUUACGGGUGCACCGUCACUACUUUCGUCCUCAAAAGUAACAAUAGGUAUAGAAAUUGUUAUUUGUCAUACUACGCAGGCAGUACAUGUCAGCAAAUCUACUAAGUCAUGUGCGGGCCUCAUCAAACCAGUGGCGGAUCUAGGGGGUGGCCACCCCGGGCCCUGGGUCAGCCCUCCCCUGAAUCCGAAGCUAGUAUAGCACUUACAAAUUUUUCGUUUUAGAAUAUUCAGAAUAGUGUUAAUUUAUAAUAAGAUUGUGUUUAAUUUGGAAAAUGGUUCAGAUGAACAUUUUCAAACCACAACUCUAAAUUCAACCUAGAAAUUCUCGGCUCAAUGAUUUUCUUCUAAAGAAAAACAAUGAACCAAAUUUCUUAAAGUCUAAAACGUAAAAGAAAAAUAGAAAUAUGAGGUUUGUUCCCUCUAAAAAUUACUAGAGCAGCUGGUGAAAAUAGGGUUGGACACUCAAUACAAAUUGAUUAGUCAAUUGAUUUGUACAGUGUUGGCAUUGCUCGUUUCAACAACUAACCUUUUCAACAAUGAAACAUGUGAAAACUUAUUUGCGCAACAAGAUGAGCGAUGAAUUCUCGGUGAUUGCUUAACUAUUUCAUUUGAAAGAGAGUAUACUAUUGGUAUGGAUGUAGACUCCAUUAUUGAUGAAUUUGCUAUAUUAAAAUACGAUCGUGUAAAAUUGGCAUUAUAAAAAAAUUAGGAUUAUUUUCUUUUUAUGGUAUCUAAUUUUUUAAUAAAAUCCGGCCCAGUGCUCUAAUAUUUCCUGGAUCCGCCGCUACAUCAAACCCUUGGCCCACCAAAAUUUGGCCACUCCUCCUGGUCUUUUUUUGGUCAUACACUCAUCCUGCUCUUUAUCUUCUUGGAAACUAACCCCAAACCUCAUUCUCUCUUCUUCCCCGAAACAAUUUCCCGUGUCCUUCCCCUUUCAAGGUUUCCAGAAGGUGCGCCUCAGUUCAAUCUAGUAAUCAUGAUCCAUACCCAAUGGGCAUUUUCUUUUUCUGUGUGUUAAUUUAUACGUGUCUCUCUUUUCGGUUUUUUUCCCCAUUCAUUCAGUGCAAAAGGGGAGAAGGAUGUGGUUCAAAGUGCUCUAUUGCGGUAUCUGCCACUCCAAUCUCCACAUACUCAAGAACAAAUGGGGUACCUCCAUGCACCCACUAGUCCCCGACCACGAAAUCGUUUGUCUAGUCAUCGAAAUCGUUCAUGCCGCUGCUGCGAAAACUGCAUCACCGACCUCAAUAAUUACUUUACCAAACA